AUCAAGUCAACGCUGGCUGCUAUCCCCUUCUUCUUCACCCUAUCUAAACUGAUUGAGAAGAGCGUUUGGUUUAAUGGCUGGCAACGAACUCAAUUUUACUUUGAUCCUUUGGCUGUACCGUUACAACUCUGAUCAUGAAGUUGAUUUAUUCUCAUUUAAAAGCUUCUCUUGGUACAAGGCUUUUGAGGGUUAGUUUAUAUUGGCUAGAACUGCUGCUUUCUUGAAUAUCUUUCUGAAUGGGUUUUCUAUAUAACCCCAGUAUUCUGCUUCUCAUUACAUAAGGUAUCUUCUUCUGCUGCUGAGCUCCUUUUGUGUUUAUGCUGCUUUCCCCCCAAAUAGGUCAUAGAGAGAUGGCUAGUGAUGACAAAGACGAGAUGCCUAUGCUUACAAUGUCAGAUGAAGUUGUGGAUGAUGCUAGAUACAGGGACGUCCUCUUGAGGUCCCGUAGUGCCACAUUCACGAUCCCUAUGGAUAGAUAUGGGAACGAGAAGAAUCAUGGAGGCUUUACAGGUCCACUGCGCAGUGAAAGGAAAAUGCCGUCGAGUCAGUUCAGUGGUCCGCUCUACAUCAGCAGCCCAUCUGAACAUGUUUCGCAUCAGAAGCCUAGUCUGCCAAGGAGCAAGACUGUGAAGCAGGAUUUCCAUCGGAGUGGUGAUAAGCAUGGCGCUAAGAAUGAACAUCUGUUGAGGUCCGGUCCAUUGGGGAUGUGCAGUGACCCUUACUGCACAACUUGUCCUAGUUAUUAUAAUACCAACACAAUAAAGCACAGACAUUCAAGAACUUCCCUUAUUUUUGACUCUCAGUUCCAUAAUGCUCUGUAUGGUGAUGCAAAAGGGUGGGCGAGGAGGUUCUUUUCUCAUUUGACUCCAUAUAUUCCUCCGGUCAUGAAUCCUCAUGCUCGAAUUGUUCAAAGAUGGAACAAGUUUUUUGUCAUUUCGUGCCUGGUGGCCAUUUUUCUUGACCCGUUGUUUUUCUUCUUGCUAGCUGUGGACAAGGGUAACAAGUGCAUAUACAUCAACUUCCCGUUGACGACGACGAUUGUGGUCUUAAGGAGUGUGACUGAUUUUGUAUACUUGUUGAACAUACUUCUCCAGUUUAGGUUGGCUUAUGUAGCUCCUGAAUCUACCGUGGUUGGUGCUGGAGAGUUAGUUGACCAUCCCAAGAAGAUUGCAAAGAAUUACAUACGUAGAAGCUUUUUCAUUGAUUUGUUCAUUGUAUUGCCUCUUCCUCAAAUCAUCGUAUUAAUGGUUCUACCAGACGUCUUGGGAGCGUCUGGAGCCAAUUAUGCUAAAAAUCUUUUGCGGGCAGCAGUUCUUGUACAAUAUAUUCCCAGAUUGUAUAGGUUCUUACCACUUCUUAUUGGCCAGUCAGAGAGUGGCUUCAUAUUUGAGACAGCAUGGGCAAACUUCUUUAUCAACCUUCUCACCUUUAUGUUGUCCGGGCAUGUAAUGGGAUCAUGUUGGUACCUCUUUGGAUUGCAGAGGGUUAAUCAGUGCUUCCGUGAUGCCUGCCAUAAUUCUAAUAUCACCAAGUGCAUGAAUUUCGUAGAUUGUGGCCAUGGUGAUGACUUCAGAGAAUUUUCUCGCAACCCAGAAUGGAAGAAUUGGACAGAUAAUGUCAAUGCCACUGCCUGUUUUAUGACAAGUGGUGGCUUUUCUUAUGGGAUUUAUGUUCAGGCUGUCAAUCUCACCACAGAAAGUAGUUUCAUCACCAGAUACAUAUAUUCGUUGUUUUGGGGGUUCCAGCAAAUCAGCACUCUUGCUGGAAACCAGGUACCAAGCUAUUUUGUAUGGGAAGUCCUUUUCACAAUGUUAAUUGUUGGACUUGGCCUAUUGCUCUUUGCAUUUCUCAUCGGGAAUAUGCAGAACUUUCUUCAGGCUCUUGGAAGGAGGAGGUUAGAAAUGUCUCUGAGACGACGUGAUGUGGACCAGUGGAUGAGUCAUCGACGUUUGCCACAAGAACUAAGGAGGAAAGUGGUUGAAGCUGAAAGGUACAAUUGGGCUGCGACUAGAGGAGUCAAUGAAGAACUGCUAUUGGAGAAUUUACCUGAAGAUAUCCAGAGAGAAAUUAGAAGGCAUUUGUUCAAGUUUGUCAAGCAAGUUUGGAUAUUUGGGUUGAUGGAUGAUAAUGUACUGGACGCAAUCUGCGAGAAACUGAAACAGAGAAUAUACAUCAACGGCAGUGAAAUCUUCUACCGCGGUGGCGUGGUUGAUAAGAUGGUGUUCAUCGUGCGGGGAAAGUUGGAGAGCGUGGGGGUGGACGGAACUGAAAUCAUUCUGUCCGAAGGCCAAGUAUGCGGGGAGGAACUCCUAACAUGGUGUCUUGAGCAUGCUUCUUCAGUCAAUAAAGAAGGGAAGAAAAUCAAGAUGCCAGGGCAGAGACUAAUCAGCAGCAGAACGGUAAGGUGCUUAACCAACGUGGAGGCGUUCUCGCUUCGAGCAAUCGACCUGGAAGAUGUCACCAGCAUUUUCGCCAGGAGCUUGAGGAAUCCACGAGUCCAAGGCGCCAUAAGGUAUGCAUCCCCUUACUGGAGAAGCAUAGCAGCAAUGCGGAUUCAAGUUGCGUGGAGGUAUCGUCAGAAGCGAUUGAAGCGAAUGGAGAGUACUACUACUAACACUGAGAUGAGACCCAGCUGGGCUUCGUCGUACCCUCGUCCCCAGCUUCAUUACCCUCGUGCGUGAUGUAUCGAUACAUACAGUCGAUCUAUAGAUGGUAAGAUAGACGAGCCAUUGAUGAAAGGUAGAUAGAUAGAUAUGUAGUUAAUUCAUGUAUCUUCUGUGUAUAUAAUAUAUAUAAUAGAACACUUCGCCGCCAUUAUAUGCUUCCUUAAUCAUUGAACUUCAUCCAUGUACUGGAGAAGCAUUUUGUUAUCAUCCAUGUCGGGGAAGAAGAGAAGAAUGAGUGCAAUAAUAUCAGAUCCAGUGUCUUGGUGUUGUUUCCUUGGGACUCAUUGUGCUACUUAUGAAUAGACAUGCCAUGUUUUCAUCCAUGUUGUUCCCGUGGUCCUACUA